AAUAGUGUUAGCGACGUCAAUAAUAGUCAAGAUUAAUGUUGGCAGCAUCAUGUCAAAUAGUGCAAACUAGCUAAUUAAUCUGUUUCGUAAUUAAGAAAAUGAACAUGAAAUUUUCGCCAAAAAGGCAAUACCGUAGCGAAAACCAUCAGGCUCUCUCGCUUACUCACUCGGUAGGCCUCUUUCUUGCAUUAUCUGAUCUCUCACUUCCACAAAAUAGCUUCUCUUUCACACUUUUCUGGAAAAACUGGAAUGUUCAGGAAAAAAUAGAGAAGAAACGAGACAGAAAUAUCGGACCUCUCGCUUCGAACAUUCUAGAGCGUGAGAUAGCAAUAUGUUUUGUCCUUGUCUUGCACGGAUGGUCCGUUGCGCGAGGCAAUACCGUAAAGAGAGCCGUUUUAGGUUUUUUGUCAAUAACUUCGCCAAUUUUGGGAAUUUUGUGAUGAAACUUUUUGUAUAAUGUAGAUAAUUUAAUUACGCAUCUGUAGAAAAUAAGAAACCAUUGUAAAACUACCUGCCAGUUGGAGAAAAUUAGCAAAAACUGUAGAUUUCCCGAAGACAGGGAUAGCAAUAGCGUGUGAAAGCGGGAUGGAGAUAGCCGCUCCCCAUAAAUACGGAAUGAACCGCUCCAGCUGGCAUGUUUUGUUCAGUUCAGAGAACAAGUGCUCCAAGCAACAAGUGAUCUGAAGAAGCAAGAACUGAGAAAAGGAAGCGAAUAAUAAACGCGAGAAGUCUCAGCAAGUGAAAUAGUGGUUUUAUUCCUGCAAGUAGCACCUACUACGCCUGACAUAGUAAGGGCAAGCUCUCAACGGCAGUCAUCAUCGUCCGGUCAGCGCUCUCGAACACACACAAACGCAUACAGUCCACUGCAAUCCACCACAUUUUCCUGGUCCUUCGAGUAGCCGGAUUACGGGAAUAGCGAAGAUGCCUGUCACCAGGUCGGAGAAGCUACGAGGUGCCGCCGCCGCGGCUAGCGCCGCCGCCGCAGGGAGAAUUACGUCGCCGCCGGUUCAUGGAGGAAGUACUCCGACGGAAACCACGGAUACUUCAUCAACGCUGACCCCGUAUCCCGCCGGGGGCGCGUCCUCACCGCGCAUCGCCAGGGACCACGCCGCGCCGGCUGUUAGCACCCGGGUUAUGGGAGAGCCCGGCGUGCAUUUGGGAAGAGGGGAACCAGCACCGCGCUCCUACACAGAGGAGAUAACCGCCGACGUCACGAAGCCACACGAAGCACUAAGGGCCCGUAUCGCGGAAGCAGAGAAGAGACGUGCCGCCGCCGCCGCCGCCGCCGCCGCCGCAGCCGCCGCCGCCGCCUCCACGCCCACCGCGGCCAAUGUUGCCGCCGCCACCGUCGCCGCCGCCAACGCCGCCGCCGCGACUCCCGCGACUACGGUGACCACCGUGCCGACUGUUGAAGGACAGUACGCGCCACCCACGCCGCAAGUGCAUGAACAAACGCCGCGACUGUCACGAGUGAAUCAGGACACGCGCUCCGUCCGCUCGUCAAGAAGAAGGGCAGAAAUAGAGGCCAAAUUAAGAGUGGCCCGCCAGGAACUGGAAGUUGCCAAAGCGGAAUUGGAGUUGGCCCAAUUGGAUUCCGACAUGGAAGAGGAUCCAGAAGAAGUGCAGUACAGGCAAAUGCAGGUCGAAAAUUGGUUGGACCACUCGAACACCAUCGCCGAGAGGGUCCCGCCGGAACUACAACCGAUACCGCCGCCGCCGCCCGCCGCGCCGCUGCCGCCGCCGCCACAAGUUCUACCGCUGCCGCCGCCACCGCCGCCGCAAGUGUUGCCACCGCCGCCGCCACAGCCGCUACCUACGGAAGGGAGAACAGACAUUCAAGAGUUAGCCAUGGCCAUCACCAAGCUGUCACAGAGGGCAGAGGGUGGCCUCACGAGACAACUGGUCGACCUCCCAAGUUUCAAUGGCGCAUGUGAAGAAUGGCUCGCGUUCAGAAGGUCAUAUGAAGACACCGCGCGCUCCUUCACGCCGGCACAAAAUUUGGCGCGACUACGAAGGUGUCUCCAGGGACACGCGAGGGAGGCAGUCAAGAGCCUCCUGUUCACCGCCGAGGAUCCAGAAGAGCUGAUGAAGAGCCUGGAGGUCCGGUUCGGCAGACCUGGAGCCAUAGCCCUGGCGGAGUUAAAGAAGAUGGAAAGGCUGCCAAGGGUCAACGAGUCAUCAGGGGAGAUCUGCAUGUUUGCCAGCCGAGUCCGCAAUGCCGUGGCCACCAUCAGGGCACUCGGCAAGACAGAAUAUUUGUGCGCACCAGGGGCCGUGGAGUGUCUAAUCGAGAAGAUGCCGCCGACCAUGAAGUCUCGGUGGCUGAUGUACCAACGCGAGCGCCGGGCAGAGGGAAAACCAGCGCUCGAACUCAUGUAUGACUUCAUGGAAGUUGAAGCAGAUAUUAACAGUGAUUACGCUCCCCCGGAAGUGUCCUGGGACCAGAAGAGAAAUAUGUUCAAGAGGCCGGUUCACCAUGUCCAACAAACAGAAGGACGCCGUGAAGAACCGAAGACUGACGCGAAGAAGUGCCCAGAGUGCCGUGAGGACCACUGGUUGUACGAAUGUAAGAAAUAUAAGGAAGCCAGUGUUGAAGAUAAGUGGGAAAUGGUGAAGAAGGCAAGAAUGUGCUUCAAAUGCCUGCGCUUCAAGCACUCAAGGAACACGUGUCGGGCACAACCAUGCAAGAAGUGCAUGAGAUGGCAUCACAUCAGUCUUCACUCAGAGAAGCCCGCAGCGGCGAAGACUCAAGAGAAGCCCGCCGAAGGAGUUGUAUCGUCGGUACACACCACGAGCUGCGGAAAGGCCUACUUGAAGAUGACGCCGGUGAACCUCUACGGGCCCAAAGGGACAGCAAAAGUGCUCGCGCUCCUGGACGAAGGGUCCACCGUCACGCUGCUGGACUCAUCAGUGGCAAAGAAGAUUGGGGCGCAAGGAAAGCCGGAAGCCAUCACCAUCGAGAUGGUCGGGGGGAACGGUAUGCAGAAGAGCAACUCCCAGAAAAUCAACAUGAAGAUCAAGGGGGUCCAUUGCAGAAAUAAGCUCAAAAUGGAAGCAAGAACUAUCGACAACUUGAAGCUGGCGAAACAAGGGGUCGAAGAAAGAAUGCUUCAAAAGUGUAAACACUUACAGAAGAUCAAGGACAAGCUGGUCUACGACAAGGAAGAACCACAACUACUGAUCGGGCAAGAUAACUGGGGGCUCAUAGUCACACGGAGACUACGCAAAGGGAAGGCCUCCGAACCAGUUGCCUCCUUGACCAGCUUGGGAUGGGUCUUACACGGAUGCGACGCCGGAGGAAGUGUCCCUGUCAAGUUCGUGCACCACAGCAGGUUGAUGGAAGACGAAACAGAAGCCCUGGUCCGCCGGCACUUCGAGAUAGAGUCGCUCGGGGUGCAAGCACGUCGGCCAAGUAAUGACGCCGACAAAAGGGCACUCGACGUCCUAGAGAAGACCACGAAGAGGCUACCAAAUGGACGGUUCGAGUCUGGGCUGCUGUGGAAAAAUGAAAGGGAAACUCUACCGAACAACUACCAUCAGGCACACCAGCGUCUCAUCAACAUGGAGAAGAAAUUAGACAAGGACCCAGCACUGAAGACUUCGUAUGAAGAACAAAUAGAAAAUCUGCUGAAGAAUGGAUAUGCAGAGAAAGCUCCAGAAACCACGACGCCAGGGAGAACAUUCUACUUACCUCACUUCGCGGUGAUGCACCCGAUAAAGAAGAAACCGAGGAUAGUUCUCGACGCCGCCGCCAAGUUCAACGGGAAGAGCCUCAACGAUGCGCUGCUACCUGGGCCUGACUUAUUGCAGUCGCUCUUCGGAGUGCUUCUCAGGUUCCGGGAAGGUCCAGUCGCCGUCGUCGCCGACAUCAAGGAGAUGUUCCUACGCAUCCAAAUGAGGGAAGAAGACCGGGACAGUCUGCGGUUCUUAUGGCGCGGCAGCAAGAGGAACAGCAAACCGGAAGAGUACCGCAUGGCCUCAGUGAUCUUCGGAGCAACGUCAUCACCGUCUACGGCAAUUUAUGUCAUGAACAAGAACGCAGAAGACUUCAAGGAGGAACACCCGGCAGCCGUGGCAGCAAUACAGAGGAACCAUUAUAUGGAUGACUACUUGCAAAGUUUCACAACGGUAGAAGAAGCCAAGCGGAUCGCGAAAGAGGUACAGACGAUCCACAACAAGGCGAGCUUCCACCUGAGAGGAUGGGGGAGCAAUCAACCAACCGUUCUGGAAGGAAUUGAAGAUCAGCGACAGGAGGAAGUCCUCGAACUGGGCAAGGAAGAGAAGACCCUGGGGCUGAGAUGGCUAAUCACAGAAGAUGCACUCGCCUUCAACGUGGGCUUCAGGAACACUCCGCCCGAAGUACUCGCUGGGCAAAGAGUACCAACGAAGAGGGAAGUCACCAGCGCCGUCAUGUCUACGUUCGACCCCAUGGGCUUCGCGACGCCGAUCCUAAUACAGGGCCAGAAACUCAUACAGGAGAUCUGGCGUACCAAGAUCGACUGGGACGAGAAGAUUCUCGAACCGCAAGUCGCCGCAUGGACCGGAUACCUGGAAGACGUCGCCGUACUAAAGGAACUGAAGAUCCCAAGGUGCCUGUCGCCGAGAACCAGAAGAGGGCAACUCCACACGUUCUGCGACGCGAGUGAAGAAGCGUACGCCGCAGCCGUCUAUUGGCGAACGGAAGACCCAGACGGCACGAUACGCGUCGCAUUGAUUGCUGGGAAAGCAAGGGUAGCUCCUAGCAAACCAGUGUCUAUCCCACGGUUGGAAUUGCAAGCAGCAUUAUUGGGCAGCAGACUUGCCUCAUCGGUGGAGAAGGAGCUCGAUUUGGAGAUUGAAGAAAGGACCUUCUGGACAGACUCCAGCACCGUCCUUCAAUGGUUGAAAGCAGACCCGAGGAAAUUCAAGACGUUCGUGGCCCAUCGCCUCGCGGAAAUUGAAGAGCUGACGCGAAUUCAAGAUUGGAGAUGGGUGCCGACAAAGGAAAACCCCGCAGAUGAUGCCACAAGAGGCACUCCGAACGAGUUUGAUGAAAACGCAAGAUGGUUCAAAGGUCCCGCCUUCUUAUAUGGAAACAAAGAAGAUUGGCUGGCGAGACGCUUUGAAGUCAAAGAAGAACUCACCGGAGAAGAGAAGAAUCCCCAAGUUGUUGCCACAUUGAAGGUCAUACCACAAGUCACUCCGGACCCGAAGAGAUUCUCCGACUGGACUCGACUGCUACGCAGUACAGCGCGCAUAUUCCAGUUCAUCGACCUGCUAAGAAGAAGAGUAGCGGAAAAAAGAAGUGUCCACAUCGUCAGGAACCGAAGAUGGAAGAAAACACCGAGUCACGUUCCCCGGGAGAAGAAAGAAGAAAAGGUCUUCUUAACGCUGGAAGAUAAGUUCAUACAUAGGGCAGAAGAGGAGCUUAUCAAGAGGAGCCAGCAGGAGAGCUUCUCCAAAGAACUUUGCUGCCUCGAAAAAGGGAGGCCAUUGGAGAACUCGAGCCGACUAAAGAAGAUUGACAUAUACCUGGAUGGCCGCGGAAUCCUAAAACUGAGGACGCGCACCAGGAAGAUUGGUUCGGGAGAAGGACGAACCAACCCGAUCAUACUGGACGGGAAAAGUCAAAUCUGCCGGCUCAUCAUAGGGUUCUAUCACAAACGGUUCUACCAUGGCAACUCCGCAACGAUAAUCAACGAAAUAAGGCAGAAGUUCUGGGUACUCGGCUUGCGCAGCACCACAAGAUGGAUCACACAUGGGUGUCAAUGGUGCAGAGUCCACAAGGGAGAGCCUCAAAUACCACCCACCGGAGACUUGCCGGCCGAACGAUUGCAGCAUCAUCAACCACCCUUCACCUGCACAGCAGUAGAUUACUUCGGCCCGAUGCAAGUCACGAUCGGGAGGAGAACUGAGAAGAGAUGGGGAGCCCUGUUCACCUGCUUAACGACCCGAGCGAUACACCUGGAGCUGGCUAAUUCAUUAAGCACCAGCUCCAUGAUCAUGGCCCUGCGAAGAAUGGCUGCACGAAGAGGGACGCCGAAGAUAAUCUUCAGCGACAACGGGACUAACUUCGUGGGGGCCAAUAGAGAAUUGCAAGAGGCCGCCUCAAGGGAAGGAAUCACAUGGCGAUUCAUCCCACCUGGAUGUCCGAAUAUGGGAGGCGCCUGGGAAAGAAUGGUCCGCUCGGUAAAGACAUCAUUAAUGACCGUUCUUAAAGAAAGAUCCCCGCCAGAAGAGGUCCUGCACACGCUCCUCCUCGAAGUGGAGCAUAUCGUAAACUCACGUCCCCUUACCCACAUCAGUAUGGAUCCCGAAGACGAAGAAAGCCUAACGCCGAACCACUUCCUCAUCGGAAGAUCCUGCGGAGCAAUGGCGCCGGGCGUAUUCGAAGACCACGAUCUCAUCGGGAAGGCGAACUGGAGGACAGCGCAGCGCUUGACGGACCACUUCUGGCAAAGGUGGCUGAAGGAAUACCUGCCAACUUUGAUGCCGAGGAAAAUAGCCGGCCGGGAGACCGAAAACCCUCAAGUCGGCGACGUCGUAUUAAUAGUCGACGCGACGCUACCAAGAAACACUUGGCCACGAGGGGAAGUGCUGCGAGUGUAUCCUGGACCGGACGGCAGAGUAAGAAUCCUCGACGUGCGAACACCCGGAGGAGUGCUGCGGCGACCGACGCGACGAGUGGUAGUCCUGGUUCCUGCCAAGACGUCGCAUCCGGAGGAAGGAGUGCUUCGCACUGCGGGGGAGAAUGUUAGCGACGUCAAUAAUAGUCAAGAUUAAUGUUGGCAGCAUCAUGUCAAAUAGUGCAAACUAGCUAAUUAAUCUGUUUCGUAAUUAAGAAAAUGAACAUGAAAUUUUCGCCAAAAAGGCAAUACCGUAGCGAAAACCAUCAGGCCCUCUCGCUUACUCACUCGGUAGGCCUCUUUCUUGCAUUAUCUGAUCUCUCACUUCCACAAAAUAGCUUCUCUUUCACACUUUUCUGGAAAAACUGGAAUGUUCAGGAAAAAAUAGAGAAGAAACGAGACAGAAAUAUCGGACCUCUCGCUUCGAACAUUCUAGAGCGUGAGAUAGCAAUAUGUUUUGUCCUUGUCUUGCACGGAUGGUCCGUUGCGCGAGGCAAUACCGUAAAGAGAGCCGUUUUAGGUUUUUUGUCAAUAACUUCGCCAAUUUUGGGAAUUUUGUGAUGAAACUUUUUGUAUAAUGUAGAUAAUUUAAUUACGCAUCUGUAGAAAAUAAGAAACCAUUGUAAAACUACCUGCCAGUUGGAGAAAAUUAGCAAAAACUGUAGAUUUCCCGAAGACAGGGAUAGCAAUAGCGUGUGAAAGCGGGAUGGAGAUAGCCGCUCCCCAUAAAUACGGAAUGAACCGCUCCAGCUGGCAUGUUUUGUUCAGUUCAGAGAACAAGUGCUCCAAGCAACAAGUGAUCUGAAGAAGCAAGAACUGAGAAAAGGAAGCGAAUAAUAAACGCGAGAAGUCUCAGCAAGUGAAAUAGUGGUUUUAUUCCUGCAAGUAGCACCUACUACGCCUGACAUAGUAAGGGCAAGCUCUCAACGGCAGUCAUCAUCGUCCGGUCAGCGCUCUCGAACACACACAAACGCAUACAGUCCACUGCAAUCCA